UGAAGAUCAGUUCCCCAAAUAAGCGUAUAAAGUUGAGCUAUGGUUGUCAAUCUAAUCAACCUUUGAUCAAUACAAUUCAGCAAGACGAUGAUGACGACGAUGCCAUGUUCAAUGACGAUAUUUCACUAGCUCAAAUUGAGAAGGCAACAGCACAGGCACUAUUGCAAAGACAAGUGAGCAAUUCGGAUGAUCUGUUUGACGAUAUUCCGAUUGAGGAACUCGUUCAAGCUUUAGAUAGACAGGAAGAUAGAUCGCCUCAGGGUACGAUGAAUACAGUAGUUGUAAACGAAUCACUUGGAAUCCUAUCAAGGGCCUCAUCCUCAACAACGGCAGUAACAGUAACUGAAGAAAAGACAGUGGUUACCGAGAUCAAGAAGCCAGUGCCUGCUGAGGAAAAGCGUAAAAAGUUUACUCGUUAUUUGGUUGCCAACAUAACGACAAAUACCUUUGAGGUUUCCGAUAGAGUUGCUACAGAAAAGGUACUUACAUUAAUUCAAGAAGACAGCAACACGGCCAUCACAGCUAGAUUGAGAGAUGAUUGGCUACAGACGACAAUAUCAGUAGGCAAUGUUGUCCAUAUUCCCUUUACCAACAACACCACUGAAGUAAUUAUUGAUCAACGAAAAAACUUCAUUAUUGUUCAUCCAGAUCGCCUUAUUUCCUGUACAACAGUGGCCGAGAGCUAUCAUUGCCUACGACGAUCCAUACUACAGACCAAGAUCCGAGGCGUGACUGAAUGUACAGAAGCACUUGUCCAUGGCAGCAUUCUUCACCGUGUCUUACAAAACGCUUUGUUGACUGGUGACUUUUCCAUAGAGAGCAUCAAGGAAGAAAUGGAACAGAUCGUAGCUUCCUCUUUAGAAAACCUGUAUACGCUCGAUGUUGAUGAGAAAACGACUCUUGAAGCGCUAAACCAGUAUGUAGAAAGUAUUCAUGAGUUUGGAAAUAUGUUUGUUGGUAAUGAGCCGAAACCAAAUGCGCGCGUGAGCAGUGAUAAAGGCCCAGACGCUGCUAAAGCAUUAGGAUGUGAAACAGUGGCUAUAUCAAAAGUCCUAGAUAUUGAAGAGCAUCUAUGGAGUCCAACGUACGGAUUGAAAGGAAUGAUUGACGCUUCUGUGCAGCUAAAGAUGAGUCCGAUCAAUCGGGUGUUGACUGUGCCCUUUGAAUUGAAAACCGGUAAAUCAUCCAAGUUUCUGACAAACCGAGCACAGACUGUGCUUUAUACCCUUUUGAUGAGUGAUAGAUACGAUAUUGACAUUGGAGCGGGAAUCCUUUACUAUUCAAAAACAAACAGUCUUUACUUAGUACCAGCUUUACGUAACGAGGUAGCUUCUAUGAUCAUUGCAAGAAAUGAACUGGCAUCCGCUCUAUAUAGUCAUCAGGUGAUUCCACCAAUGAUUAAAAACUUUCAUACCUGCCAAUACUGUUGUCUAGCUGAUGCUUGUACCAUUUAUCACAAGGCUAUUGAAAAAGGAAAUGGGGUAUCCAGUGGUCUCUAUAAACUGUUUGAAGAAAGGACAAAUCAUAUGACAACGAAAACAUCUAGCUUUUUUAAACAUUGGUGGCAGCUUUUAGACAAAGAAGAGCUAGACAUUGAUUAUCUUCGUAAAGAGAUCUGGAGCCAACCGGCCGAAGAACGAGAAAAGUCAGGAAGAUGUAUAUCAAACCUAAAGCUGAAUAUUUCUGCUAGUGAAAUUCUUCCAGAGAUAGCACAGUGGAAAUAUUGCUUUGUUCGAGCUGAACCAAAUAAACCUCUCUUCUGUAACCUAUCUAUUGGUGAUGCCGUAGUGGUAUCUAGCAUGGAAGGACACAUCAGCCUUGCUAUGGGCCAUGUAUCCUCUCUGACAGCAGACGAGAUUAUUCUCGGUUUGAACGAACCUCUUCGUAGCCCACCAAAACGAUCAGAAGAUUUUGAUUUAUUAAACAACCAACAGUUCCAGACGUUUAUUCGUUAUAGAGCAGACGUUGAAAAGCAUUACAAGGAUAGCAAUGUAUUAUAUCGAAUUGAUAAGGACGAAAUGUCUACUGCGAUGAAUAUGCUUCGAUAUAAUCUAGUAUCACUUGUAGCCAAUACAGGUGAUGAAAGGACUCAACGAUUGAGAGAGCUUAUCAUUGAUCUUGAAAAACCAGCCUUUGAUACAACUGUUGUGCCUACGAUGCCUAUAAGUUCUCAUUUAAAUCCUGAUCAGCGAAACGUGAUUACCAAAGUACUUCAAGCAAAGGAUUACAACUUGAUUCUAGGAAUGCCCGGAACUGGUAAAACAACCACGACGGCAGAGAUCAUAAAAUACCUUGUUGGAAUGAAUAAGACAAUCCUAGUGACAGCCUUUACUCAUACUGCAUUAGAUAAUGUGUUAUCAAAAGUUCGUGAUCAAGGAAUUGACGUACUGAGAUUAGGAAAUAUUGAUAAAGUGAUGCAAAGCAUGAAAGACUGUGUGCCGUCUCUUAAUAGAAAUAUAACAACAGUAGAAGAGAUGAAAAUAUUUUAUGAUUCUAAAAGAGUGGUUGGAGUCACUUGCCUUGGUAUUGGACAGUAAGUGACACAUAUACUAUAACCCAGGUUUCAAAGCUAACCACCUUUGUAAAGCGCAAUGUUGCAAAAAAGACAUUUCGAUUACUGCAUUAUUGAUGAAGCAUCUCAGAUUACUCUACCCAUGUGUAUAGGUCCUAUUCGAUAUGCAGACAAGUUUAUUCUAGUGGGUGACCUAUAUCAACUCCCGCCUAUCGUGCGUGAUACACAGGCUGGUGAGAAGGGGUUAAAAAAGUCUUUAUUUGCUAUAUUAGCAGAGGCUCAUCCUGAGUCUAUCAGUCGUUUAGAAUACCAAUACCGCAUGAACAAGGACAUUAUGCAAGUGGCCAAUAUACUUGUCUAUGAUGGCAAGUUAAAAUGCGGUAACCAUUCAAUUUCUACAAAAU